AUGAAACUCCAGGUCGAUUCCUCGACACCACUGGAUAUCGCCAUCGACACUGUAUCCGAAUCAAGACUCCGGAAUCUCUUCAAGUCGCUGUGCGAGAUGUCGUCUGAGACACGACGGUUAGCGACUGAGAGGCUUCUAGUUGAUACCAGCGAGAUUGGCGAAGGAACUGAGGGCGAUGGGGAAAAAGAGAAAUACGAUGGAAACGAAGCACAAAGGGAAGAUGUGUCGCAAGCAGAGUCCGGUCCCGCAACUCGGAAUCUAAAGCGCCCGAUAUCAAGAUACGCUCCGUGCGAGAACUGCGAGAUAGAAUUUGAUGUCACGACGAACACGAGCCAGGGCUGCAUCUACCACCCUGAGGACGCUGAACCUACCGAAGAGAUGUACGAAGACAUCUAUGAAGGGGACGAGCUCUUCGAGAUUGACUCACCGGAGAUGCGACGGGAUUUUCCUGAUCGCUUCCUGUUUCAUUGCUGCCAGAAAACCUUCGAGGAGAAUCCGAGGGGUUGUAUCACGGAUUGCCAUCGGGCUGAGUCUCCGUCGCUUAAGAAGCAGAGGUCUCGCGUCUAG